AUGGCUACCAAGCCGCGGAACAUGGACAUUCAAUCGAAGGAUCAUGAGACACUCCUGAAUUUGAUCGACAACCUCAGAUCAUUGGGAACCAGCACAUGCAUUGAUCUGCCGCAAAUUGUCGUGGUUGGAGAUCAAUCAAGCGGUAAAUCCAGUGUGCUAGAAGCUUUAUCAGGCCUUGCCUUUCCUACAAAAGACGCUCUCUGCACCCGUUUUGCCACCGAAUUGAUCCUACGUCGAAGUUCCGAGGCUAGCCAGACCGUCUCCAUCGUUGCAGACGCAAACUGUAGCGACGACGAGAAACAACAGUUACAUGAUGGCUUUGCCAUCGGCGACCUUGACGUUGACGUCUACGAAGAUCUUGGCGCAUUUUUCGAGGCUGCUGGAGUCGCCAUGGGUCUUGACAGCACAAAGAGAUUCAGCAACCAUACACUCCGAAUAGAGCUUAAGGAUUCUGGAAAAAUGUUCGAGAAUUGA